GAAGAAGAAGAGGAAGCGAAUAGAAUCGAUAUCAGUUUGCCCUGAAAGACAGUUAAGUAACAGAGCUUUCACCGGAGUGAAUAAGAGAUAGUAUUUUAAGGAUUGCCAUAUGGAUUCUCCUCGGCAGUCGAAGAAGGCCAAUCUGAAACGAGAGCCGAAGCGCGGCCAGAAUCAGUCAAGCACUCCUCCUCAGAAAGAUGCCUAUGCCAGACUUCUCAGCCAGCACCGCAGCGCCAAGUUCAGUUUGUAUCUGGAACAAUAUGCAAAGGACUUGUCACGUCAGAGGGAAGGAAAUGAGCCCAGCACACUUCUGAACGCCCAGAGUGACAGGAUGAACAUACCACAGCGGAAAAGGGACCAAGUGCCUAAUGAUUUCUCUGAUUCCAGUGACUUCUCCCCCUCCUCCUUGAAAAGUAAAGGUGAAGACAGUUCACUCUCUUUGUACAUGGAGAAACUAAGCAGUCAAAAUGCUCAGCAGGACUGUGACAGGAAGCAAGGUGUGCGUGACAGACAGCGAUGGGGACAGAGAAGGGACACCACCACCAGCCAUGACGGAGACAUCGAAUCUGGGGAGGAGUUCAGCUCUGUAACACCUAAUGACUCGACCAAACACCAGAAGCAGCAGAAGAAAAACAAGGACUCAAAUAGAGAUGUUGUCUCAAAAGAGACCAAGUCUUUUGUUGGACUUCCCCAGUCUCCAAAGAAAGCCAGUACAAGUGGACAGGAGCAAGAGAAAAUGAAGUCGAAGAAAAAGAAUUUGCCAAAGCACCCAGAAGAGGAGAGAAGCAGGGAGAGGAUUGGGGUUGACACUUUGAUGUCAAGGCCCAAGUCUCCUCAUAACAUAGACAAAAAACCGCAGCAGCCCAGAGCUUCAUCCACCAUUUCUCCUGCUGAUAAAAGUAAGAACAAAGGAGGCAGAGGAUCAAGGAAACAAGUGUUUGAAUCCUACAUGUUGUCAGAGGAGGUUUCCAGAGGCCUUAAGAGAGGAGAGCUCAUUCAGGGACAAUUAAGAAUCAACCCUAAGAAGUUCCAUGAAGCUUUCAUCCCAUCUCCUAAUGACACACGGGACAUAUUUCUGGAUGGGAUUGUAGCUCGCAACAGAGCUCUGAAUGGAGACAUUGUGGUGGUGCAAGUCCUACCUCAGGAGCAGUGGAAGGUUGUGAGGUCAGAUACAGACUGUGAGGGUGCCAGUGAGUCAGAGACCCAGAGAGAGCACAUGGCGCAAAAAAUGCAGAAGAAGACAGAGGCCACCCCGAGGCCUGAUGUUAUUGUGGAGGACCAGUAUAGCGACCAGGAUGAACUCAACAGCAAAUUUCAGAAUACCACGAUCACCGACACAGGGGGACUUCUGGAAGACCCCUCAAUCCCACGGUCCAAUGGUGAAAUAGUCCAAAAGACUGCUAAAGUGGUGUACAUUGUUGAGAAAAAACACUCAAGAGCUGUGACAGGUUUCCUGAAGUUCCUACCAGACAAGCCCUUUGCCAUGUUCUCCCCCGUGGACCACCGGGUGCCACGGAUUAACAUUCCCCUGGCCGACUGUCCCGAAGACUUCAGUUCCCGUCCAGGCGACUACACCAACACUCUAUUCAUCUGUCGCAUCACCGACUGGGCAGCUGACAGCAACUUCGCAGAAGGCCGACUGGCAAAGAGCCUGGGUCAAGCUGGAGAAAUCGAGCCAGAGACAGAGGGCAUCCUGAUAGAGUACGAUGUGGAUUUUUCUGAGUUCUCAGAUGAGGUGUUAGACUGCCUCCCCAAGAACCUGCCCUGGACCAUCCCACCUGAGGAGAUGAAGAGCAGGAGAGACCUGAGGAAGGAGUGUAUCUUCACGAUUGACCCUGCGACAGCCAGAGACCUGGACGAUGCCCUGUCCUGUAAACAGCUCCCAGAUGGAAACUUUGAGGUGGGAGUCCACAUUGCUGACGUGAGUUAUUUUGUGGAGGAGAACAACGCUCUGGAUGCCAUCGCCAGCCAAAGAGCGACUAGUGUGUACCUUGUUCAGAAGGUGAUCCCCAUGUUACCCAGGCUGCUCUGUGAGGAGCUGUGCAGUCUCAACCCUCUCACCGACAGACUCACUUUCUCUGUCAUUUGGAAAAUCACACCCGAGGGGAAGAUCCUGAGUGAGUGGUUUGGCCGCUCAGUGAUCCGCUCCUGUGUGAAGUUGUCAUACGACCACGCUCAGAGCAUGAUCGAGGCCCCUGAGAAGAUGUUCUCAGCUGAGGAGCUGCCACCCGUGGACCCUGUUCACCCCAUUGAUGAGAUCCACCAGGCUGUGCUCAACCUGCACUCUAUUGCCAAGAACCUCAGAGCUCAGCGCUUCUCAGGCGGAGCCCUCAGACUAGACCAGCUGAAACUGUCUUUCACCCUGGACAAAGAGAGCAUGAUGCCUCAAGGCUGCUAUGUUUACCAGUACAGAGACAGUAACAAGUUGGUGGAGGAGUUCAUGCUGCUGGCCAACAUUGCCACUGCCCACCACAUCUACGGCAAAUUCCCUGAGCUGGCCCUGCUCAGACGCCAUCCUCCACCGAAAGCCAAGAUGGUGGAUGAGCUGCAGGAGCUGUGUGACCAGUUGGGCAUCGACAUUGACCUGUCCUCUGCAGGAGCAUUGCAUAAGAGUCUUAAUACCACUCUCGGAGAUGAUGAGUACACCAGUGCCAGAAAAGAAGUCCUCACCCACAUGUGCUCCAGACCCAUGCAGAUGGCAUUGUACUUCUGCUCAGGUGCUCUGAAGGAGGAGCAGUUUUUUAAACACUACGCCCUCAACGUUCCUCUCUACACACACUUCACAUCACCCAUCAGGCGCUACGCUGACAUCAUUGUGCACCGGCUGCUGGCUUCGUCCCUGAAGUGUGGGCCUCCCUUAGGGCUGUCGACUGAAGAAGUGUCCAAACAGGCAUCACGUUGCAAUGACAAGAAGACGAUGUCAAAGAGAGUCCAGGAGCUCAGCUCUGAGCUCUUCUUUGGAGUGUUUGUAAAGGAGUGUGGCCCCCUGGACUCUGAGGCCAUGGUGAUGGGGGUGUUGGAUCAGUCCUUUGAUGUGCUGGUUCUCCGCUAUGGAGUGCAGAAACGGAUCUACUGCAAGUCUGUCGCGGGCCUGGACUCAUUUCACCAUCGUAAGGUGGGGAAGAAAUCUGAGCUGACUCUGGUCUGGACACCAGAGGACUCAGAGAAACCUCCAGUAGAGCAGGUCGUCUCCAUCUUCACGUUGGUGGACGUGCAGCUCAAAGCCGACAGUGCACCGAUGAAAUACAGCGCCGUUCUCAAGAGGCCUGACGACAGCGGAUCAUAAACACUGCACGGUGCCCUGAGCCGCACAGACACUUCACUGGAAGUUUGAAUUGCACAUUUUCUUUAGUGUUGAUUUGACAUGUAGCUUAGAAGCACUGUUACUGUGGUAAGCUAGGAUGUCACUGGUCAGAUCAGAGUCAGAUUCCAUUUGCAAUUCCUGCUGAGUUUCAGGCUCAGCUUGAAGGACCACUCCAUGCUUUUCAUGUUUCAGCCCACUUACUGCAAAUGACCCACACACACACACACAUAUACAUGACUGCUGCUCAUUUUCCAAGGUAUAUUUUAAUGUUUAUUUUUUUAAUAAGCAGUGAACGUCUUUUCUUCCGGCUUUUCUUUAGUUUAUAUUCAUUUCCAUAAUUUACAGAAUUCAACAUUUAUAGUCUUGCCACGUGUCCAUUACAGGAAUAAGGUCUGUAAUGGUGUGCUUUGGAAAAUGGUUGGCCGUCAUCUAAAUCACCUGUGUGGACUUACAGUAAGUGGUUUAAAACAAAAAGUAGUAAAAACCAAUAUAUCUGUUUAAGCCUGAAAGAAGGGCAGAGUUUUUAUGUACCUCAGUAAGGAUUUCAAAUUGAAUUUGGGCUCAGGUCUGACUGUGAAAGAACCAAGGCAGCAAUGAGUUUUACUUUGCUGUCCAUUUAUUGACCUAAUGAGGUCAGUUUUGAUGUGAUGUAAUUGUUGCACACAGUGUAAUGUGUGAAAACAGACUUUUAACUGUUUUCAGUUUAACACCAGUGACUGGUUUCCUGAAUCCAGACAGAGGAGAGACCCGUAUUUGUGUUAGCAAACAACAUAGUAUACCACACUACUGAAUUUUACUUCCUGGGUUAUGUUUGGCUGCGGUGGUUGUGAGGGUCGCAGAGGAGCUACGUGGGUAAAAUAGUAAAUGUGUAGCAGUAAUAGCACAAAAAAAAGUUUGACUACAUCAGAUUGACAGAACAGGUAAAGUAACAUUUGCAUAGGAACAAAAUACCACCAGGCAUGUUGUCAGCCAUGACUUUUUAUAUUGCCAGUGUGUGUAUUUAUUGUGUUUUAUACAGGAAGAGUUUUAUUUUGGAUUUUUGCGGGGUGUCAGUCAGUCAUGUGAACGGCCACGUCAGGUGACUUUCAUGUCACAGUCUGUUAAAAUGAGGGUCAUAUUACCUAUUGUACUCUGGUCUAAACUGAAGUAACUGAGGUGUGCAAUUGAGGCCAAAGCUUCAUCAUUUAGCAACUCAUUGUUAUUGUUUUUAAUACAAAACAUGGGAGUGACUUGAAUGUGAAUCGCUGCUGAAAAUAGUUGGUGGCCUUAAGAUCUUAAUUAAUUUUAUGUUGGCUGAUGAGCUUACAGUGCUUCCAACUGUUUGUUUUAAUUAUUUUUAUUUUUAAUUCUCAAACUUGAUUUGUGCAGCACAGGUACUUUAUGGACCUCAUCAAUAUCAACUGUGAUUUUCAGUGGUCAGUGCAGCUGCACCAAUAUAAAAUGGAUAUGGGUCUGAUCUUUGCUUUAAAGGAGUCCGUGUGCCUCUUUAGUUGUCACACACUGUGAUUCUGAUUGAACGGUGCCAUGUAGUCACACAGUUUAGCUGCUACGUCUGCACAGUUAUUUGUUCAGUUGUUGGACAUCAAAUUCCUUUUGUUAGGCGGAUUUCUGAAAGACGACCAGCUAAUGCUUUAAAGUUGUUUUGUUUCACGUGGACUUACCCUAUGUGACAUGAGCUUUAAAUGUAUUUUUAAACCCGCAAGUGGUUAGUAGUUGAAAACAGUUGUAAUUGUAAAUGUGUUUUUGUGAAACGUUGAAUCGGUUGAAAAAAAAAAAAAAAAAACAGUUUCUCACGUCUGAAAAACAUUUAAGUAACGUCUGUGUAUCUUUUGCAAAGUGUACUGUCACCUGUAACUUUCAUUCUGGUCAGUAAUCAAAUGCAUUUGUUCUCUGCUAAACCAUUAAACAGAGCAAUAGACAGUUGUCUUCAUCUCUAAAUAAAUACAUGCAUGAAAUCC